AUAGUACGCACGAGUGAGUUUUUUUUACCGUCAUGAACAUCGUUGCUGAUGCAAGACGGAGGGUUUUCACUAAAAUACUUUCAACUGCUACACAAACAACAUGCCUGAAAUUCCGAAAGGAUUGUUGCGAUUGUGUCGGCUGGGGAGAAAAAGGGGUCGAGAUUCGACAGCUAAUCCGGCCAGCAGUCAAAAAGCCAGUCAUGAAAGCGAGGUGACAAAAGAUUUGCGUGUGACGGCAUCAUCAGACGCGGCCUGUGCGGCAGCUGACGACCCAUCGACCAGCGGUUCGGCAGUGGGCAUGGCAUUUCCUUGUGUCAGGAGACCGCUGGCUUGUCUGGAAAGACAUCAAAGCGAUUUAAAGUUGGCACUGAUUUUGCUGAACCAGCCGAUGGUGGCGCUACGACAACAACUCAAAGUUCUAUGGAGUCGUUCUGUCCUGAAAGCAGUGGCAGAUGGCGGCUCAAAUAGACUGUACGAGUGCAUGAUGGGAAAUCACCAGAGCUAUAUUCCAGAUUUGAUUACGGGGGAUUUUGACUCCAUCAGACCGGAGAUCCUACUGUACUACAAACGACGAGGUGCCAAAAUCAUCCAAACACCGGAUCAGGACUACACAGAUUUCACCAAGUGCCUGAGAUUAGUCCUAGAUACGAUACAGUGCAAUAAGCUAAGUGUGGACACAAUAGUUGUUCUGGGUGCGUUCGGUCAACGGUUUGAUCAAACCUUAGCCAAUGUGAACACUCUGUACGAGGCCAAUGUCAACACAAAGAUUCCCGUGUACCUCCUCGCUGAUCGAUCGUUAGGGUGUCUGCUCCGGCCGGGUAAGCAUGUAAUUGAAGUAAACACGGGUCUUGAGGACUCGUGGUGCGGUCUGGUACCCAUCGGCAACAAAUGCAGACAGGUCACCACUACUGGUCUCAAGUGGAAUCUAGACCACCAGCCAAUGCAGUUUGGCGGGCUGAUCAGCACGUCAAACACCUACGCUGAGGGAGCUGAGAAAGUGACCGUCCAGACUGACCAGCCGUUAUUCUGGACAAUGGGAUUCAAGGAUGAUGACCAGUCAAGUUCGGAGUCCAAGACACCUGACUCAAUAUAAGGGAACAUGCCUAAGAUGGAUUGGGGAGCAGGGGCCCCUUCCGCUGGCACGCCGGCUC